AUCUCAUAUUUUUCACAUUUCUAGUCUGAAAAAUACGCUUGAUUCGAAACUUCUCUAACGUUCUUGCUUCCUUUACUCUGCCAUGAUGCUUCGUAGCAAUAUCUUUCUCUUCUUUUUGGUCGCCUUUGUGGCCAUUGUCAGCGGCUCUCAGGAAGCCGGUUUCCGCGAAAAUGUCGAUGGCGUUGGAGACAAUCUCGUGGAAGACCAGAUGACACGUGUCUUGUUGAACGAAACAAACACCACGGCAAGCGGCAAUGAUGACGAAAACAAUGGCGAGAACGAAAUCUUCGGAAUCGACGUGGGCAAGAGCGGUGCGGGCACCACCACCACCUGGAUGGUGUAUUUGUCCUCCCUACUAGCUGUCUCGGUUGCCCUCGCCUCCCUAUCUUAGGUAGGCGAAUCGUGCUUGUAUUUGUCAGGAGCAAUGCCUUGGGAGCUGAAGUGCUGUGGAAUCAGCUACAGUACCGUCGGUACAAGAGGAAGCAUAUUCAUGACAUACGUCCCAAUGUGCUUAGACUGUCGGUACGGUGUGGUAAAAUUACUCCUCUGUUAAUAUUUAAAUACUACUAGUUAGUACUAACAACCCUUUGAGAGCCAUAGAACUGCUAGACUCCAACCAGCGUCACACUUUCAGCUAUUUCAAAAAUAAAGUACUCCAUUUGUGUCGAAUUGACGCGAGAUAUUUUGUAGUUGUAGUGACGUGCAUGUUGUAUACAGUUCAAUUAUCAUUAUUAUCAUUUGUUCAAAAGGACAUAGAUUGUGUUUCUAACUAGGAAACGAAAGUGGUAUAUCGUGCUCGUUUGCACUGCUCUGUAUCCACUAUUCCUUCCUUCCCUUCCCACCUCAAAGACAGAAGUGCAUAAAAACUCGGACAGAGCGCUUGAUCGAAGGCCGGUCCUUGCAUCGAUUGCUUUCCUUUGCGCCCCUUAAAAACAUGCAUUAUAGAUGCAAUGGGAUACAAUGAGAUCCACAUGGAAAUAGCUGCAUCACUUUCACUGCACCGGCUCGUUGUCCCCUCCGUUGCUCGAAGAGGGGGGGGCGGAGGGGGCCGGAGAUGCUAUGUCGGUAUUGGCGGAGAUCUGAUCAUUGCUUUCCUCUUGCACUGGCGGGGUUUUGUCUAUACCUGCGUUUCCAACCUCCAUCACCACGAUUUUAUCGGUAAUGGCGUUCUCCAUUGCCAUCUUUUCUUCCUGCGCCAGACUAAGGUAGUAUUUUUUGAACUCGCCGUAGUCAUGGAUAGCCACCAAGAGGUACACCAGGGAACAGAUCAGCCAAAAGACAGCAAAUACCACGGCCGAGAUCCCGAGCUUCCAGUUGUCGUACUCAAAGACGUAAAAGUAGGAUGUCACGGCAUCCCCGACGGUUCCAAUUAGAAAGGAGAAAUCAGCGAGGUAAAACCAGGCCGUCACGGAAAUGCCAUAGAUCCGCGCGUAUUCCUCGUAGUCAUCGACCUCCGAGGUGCCCUGCAGACGUUGGCAUACAAUCAUGAUUGCUUCCAGGGCCCAGAGGUUGACCGAGAUGCAGUUGGUUAUGUUGCUCCACAGGGGAUUCUUGUUGGUCAGGCAGGCCGACACCACCCCGAAGGCAGCCGCAAGCAUCAUGAGAUAGUAGAGCAUGCGGUAGAUGAACUUGGCCUUGCGCGCAAGGACGACUUCGAUGGCMCCGGUAACAAGAAAUCCGGAGGCCGCAAAGAAAUAGAUCAUCAUGUACUUACUGACGUAGGAUUCGGGAAAGGGAGCAUUUGCGUUGGCAAUUUUCGGCUGCCAGAAGUAGUCGUCCUCAAAGAAGGCCGUAUUGUUGUACCAAUCCACCCAGGUAUAAUCAUCGUCGGCCAUUGUUACGUUGGACGGAAUAUGGCCAUCUUCGGUGCAGUUGAUAAAGUAGUUCCACCAAGCCGCAUCGUCAUCAGCAAAAUAAACAUGGCGGGGGACGUCCUUGUAAAACCAAUAGGCGUCCAUAACCAUGGAAGCCAUUGCAACAUAGAGAAUGGAGGAAGCAACGAAGAUGACGGCCGACAAGAUGUGCCACUUGGAAUUGCGAUAUUCUACCACGGUAUCGUCAUCGUCGACAUCGGCUGAUUUGUCGAAGCGGCCGUAAAGCGUUCCGUCUGCUCCGUAGUAAGAAUCGCGUCCGCGGUAGUGACGGGUGGGCUUUCUCGGUUUCAUGAUGGAUGCGUUUCCCAUGCCGUCGUCGCCAACGAAUUUUGCGUCAUCCAACUCGUCUUGCUUCGGAUUUUCUCCGUCUUCGUCGGGGAAAAUUGGGGAUUCUUCACCGACUUUUGGUUUUUCCUCCAUGUUGCUUGUUUUGUCUUGAUUAAAUAAAUUCUAUUGAU